AUGGAGGUCCUUGUCUUUGUCCUCUUCGCCAUGUCCCUGGCAAUGGCUCCUCCCAUGGCCAUCGGCAUUCCCAACCCUGUCCAGACAGGCGCAGAUGCAUCACGUACGCUCUCUUUUCGGACGCCUGCGCCACCAGUCGAGCCACGCCAAUCAUGGGGUCAAACAAGUAACGAGAAGGGGGUGCAAGACGAUGACGUUAGGUUGAAGGCCCAUGGCGGCGAUGUUCCUGACAACAUUACCGAGAUUACCGACAAGUAUCUUUUCCGGCUAUCCAUCGACGAAUUCGAGGCCCAGAGGGGUCUUCGUCAACCCCCCGCUCUUGACUGGUCGUCCGACGAAUGCACAAAAUCACCCAACAGACCUCUGGGCUACAACUUCGUGCCUUCCUGUCAUCGUCACGACUUUGGCCUCCGGAACUACCGCAAGCAGGGAAGGUUGACCAAGACAACGAAGCGGCCCAUCGACGAUCAGUUCUACAAAGAGUUAGUGGCCACAAAGUCGAAUAUCCAUCGUCAAGUUAUCCUAAGCUAA